GAUUAGGCAAGGCUUUCCACAGAUAAUCAUUUAGCCAGCUCUGUUCUGUUUUGUGAGCUCUUUUAUUUCCUUCUGUUUUCCUGUGAUGGAGCGCUCCUUGUGCCUGUCAGCUCGCUGAAGGUCAGAAUGAAUUUCUUUUCAGUUUGAUGAGUGAAGCUGUGGUCUGCAGACUAAUGGGUUAUGGGCUUGUUCUGGAGCUGUGAUUGUCAUGCUGCUCAGAGUAAUCGGACUCCCACUAAUACCUGCUGCUGCUAACCGGAGGCGAUGGGGGAAGUUUGUUCACUGAGUCCUUGUCAGGCUGGAUCUGCACCUCAGGCUUGUUGCUGAGUUGCAUUUUUCAAUAAGACACCCACCAAGCUCUGGACAAAGAAAACAUGGCCACCAACUCUUUCCGCGGGUCCAAACGAGGACGCAAUCCAGAGGCCAACCAUGAGCCAGAGUUCAGCUGCUAUCUGCAUGAGCUGCAAUCACUUAUGGAGCUCCGAGGAGCCGAUGCAAUCACUAGGAUUCAGAACUGCUACGGAGAUGUUAAUGGACUGUGUACCAGACUCAGGACAUCACCCGUUGAAGGUCUGGAAGGAAAGCCAGAGGACAUAAACAAGAGGAAAGAAGUGUUUGGACUGAAUGUCAUCCCUCCAAAAAAGCCUAAAACCUUUUUGCAGUUAGUGUGGGAGGCCCUGCAGGACGUCACGCUUAUCAUUUUGGAGGUGGCCGCAGUCAUAUCUCUAAGCCUUUCUUUCUACAGUCCACCAGAUGGAGAAAGACAAAACUGUGGAAAAGCAGCUGGUGGCGUUGAAGAAGAGGGGGAUGCAGAGACCGGAUGGAUCGAAGGCGCCGCCAUUCUCCUUUCUGUGGCAUGCGUGGUGUUGGUGACGGCUUUUAAUGACUGGAGCAAAGAGAAGCAGUUCCGCGGUCUGCAGAGUCGCAUUGAACAGGAGCAAAAGUUCACCAUCGUCCGAUCAGGGCAGGUGAUCCAGAUCAAAGUAUCGGAGAUUGUGGUCGGAGAUAUCGCACAAGUCAAGUAUGGUGACCUCCUUCCAGCCGACGGCGUCUUAAUUCAGGGCAACGAUCUGAAGAUCGAUGAGAGCUCUCUGACUGGAGAGUCGGAUCAUGUCAAGAAGACCACUGACAAAGACCCCAUGUUGCUCUCAGGCACACAUGUAAUGGAGGGCUCUGGAAAGAUGGUAGUCACUGCCGUAGGUGUGAAUUCUCAGACGGGAAUUAUUUUCAAACUGCUCGGUGCCAGUGAAGACAACGAAGGCAGCGGCGACGACAAAAAAGAGAAGAAAAAUGUGGAAAAGAAAAACAAAGACAAAAAGGAUAAGAAGAAUAAAAAGGAAGUCAAAAACAAAAAAGAGAAAAACAAGGACGGAGCUACUGUUGAGAUGCAACCACUCAACGAAGAUGGAGAACCAGAAAAGAAGAAGAAAGUUCUUCCAAAGAAGGAGAAAUCUGUGCUUCAGGGAAAGCUGACCAAAUUGGCCGUACAGAUUGGCAGAGCAGGUCUGUUGAUGUCGGCCCUCACUGUCAUCAUCCUAAUCACUCGCUUCCUGAUCGAUACCUUCUGGAUUCAGGGUCUUCCCUGGUUGCAAGAGUGCGUUUCCAUCUAUGUGCAGUUCAUGGUCAAGUUCUUCAUCAUCGGCGUGACGGUGCUGGUGGUGGCUGUGCCUGAGGGUCUCCCUCUGGCCGUCACCAUUUCCCUAGCAUAUUCAGUUAAGAAAAUGAUGAAAGACAAUAACUUGGUCCGCCACCUCGAUGCCUGUGAGACGAUGGGGAACGCCACAGCCAUCUGCUCAGACAAGACGGGGACGCUGACCAUGAACCGUAUGACGGUGGUGCAGGCCUACAUCGCAGGGAGACACUAUAAAAAAGUCCCAGAGCCAGACCUCAUCCCAACCAAGAUACUGGACCUGCUCAUCCUGGGCAUCGGGGUCAACUGCGCCUACACCACCAAGAUUAUGCCUCCAGAGAGAGAGGGUGGCCUGCCUCGCCAAGUGGGAAACAAGACCGAAUGUGCCUUAUUGGGAUUCAGUCUGGACUUGAACCGAGACUACCAGAACGUUCGAAAUGAAAUCCCAGAGGAGAAGCUGUUCAAGGUUUACACCUUUAAUUCCGUGAGGAAAUCCAUGAGCACCGUGUUGAAGACCUUUGACGGCAGCUACCGAAUGUUCAGUAAAGGAGCCGCUGAGAUCUUGCUUAAGAAGUGCAGUAAAAUCUUGACGGCCACUGGAGAGGCCAAGAUCUUCAAACCUAAGGAUCGAGACCAACUAGUGAAAAAUGUGAUUGAGUCGAUGGCAUCUGAGGGGCUGAGGACGAUCUGUCUUGCCUACAGAGACUUCUCCAUUGCUGAUGGAGAGCCUGAUUGGGACAACGAGGCUGAGAUCCUCACUAGACUGACAUGCAUCGCUGUGGUUGGCAUUGAAGACCCUGUACGACCUGAGGUACCAGAAGCUAUCAGAAAGUGCCAGAGGGCUGGCAUCACUGUCCGCAUGGUGACCGGAGACAACAUUAACACUGCUAGAGCCAUCGCCACCAAAUGUGGCAUUUUGCAACCCGGAGAUGACUUCAUGUGCAUAGAGGGAAAAGAGUUCAACCAGCGGAUCCGCAACGAAUCAGGCGAGAUUGAACAGGAGCGUAUCGAUAAGAUUUGGCCCAAAUUGAGAGUCCUUGCCCGGUCAUCCCCAAUGGACAAACACACUCUGGUUAAAGGCAUUAUUGACAGCACAGUCCUGGAGCAGAGGCAGGUUGUGGCGGUAACAGGAGAUGGCACAAAUGAUGGCCCCGCCCUCAAGAAAGCAGAUGUCGGCUUUGCUAUGGGCAUCGCAGGAACCGAUGUAGCAAAGGAGGCGUCCGACAUCAUCCUGACAGAUGACAACUUCUCCAGCAUCGUCAAGGCCGUCAUGUGGGGCCGAAACGUGUACGACAGCAUUUCCAAGUUCCUGCAGUUCCAACUCACAGUCAACGUGGUUGCUGUCACCGUGGCCAUCACCGGAGCCUGCAUUACGCAGGAUUCUCCUCUGAAAGCUGUGCAGAUGUUAUGGGUCAACCUCAUUAUGGACACCUUCGCCUCAUUGGCCCUCGCCACGGAGCCGCCGACCGAGGCGUUGCUGCUCAGGAACCCGUACGGGCGCAACAAGCCGCUCAUCUCACGCACCAUGAUGAAGAACAUCCUGGGCCACGCCGUCUACCAGCUGACACUGAUCUUCACGCUGCUCUUUGUCGGUGAGAAGAUGUUCGACAUCGACUCUGGCAGGAACGCCCCGCUUCACGCUCCGCCCUCUGAACACUACACCAUUGUGUUCAACACGUUCGUCCUCAUGCAGAUCUUCAACGAGUUCAACGCUCGCAAGAUCCAUGGAGAACGAAACGUCUUCGAGGGCGUUUUCAACAACCCCAUCUUCUGCACCAUUAUCCUGGGAACCCUUAUUGUGCAGGUGGUUAUUGUGCAUUUUGGUGGUAAAGCUUUCAGCUGUGUGCCUCUGACCGUAGAACAGUGGCUCUGGUGCGUCUUCCUGGGCCUUGGUAGUCUCAUUUGGGGGCAGCUGGUGUCCAGUAUUCCCACCAGCUGGCUGCGGUUCCUGAAAACAGCUGGUCAUGGCACCCAGCAGGAGGAGAUCCCUGAGGAGGAGCUGGAGGAGCUGCAAGACAAAGACGAGAUCGACCAUGCUGAGAUGGAGCUGAGGAGGGGUCAGGCGCUGUGGUGCCGCAGCCUCAACCGGAUCCAGACGCAGAUUCGUGUUGUGAACGCCUUCAGAGACAGCGUGUCUCCUUACGAGGGCCUGGAGACGCCAGAGUCACGCAGCUCCAUCCACAACUUCAUGAGUCACCCCGAGUUCCGCAUCGAGGACUUAGAAACCCAGAUCCCUCUUAUUGACGAGAACGAGGACGAGGACGACCCACCCACCAAGCGGAACUCCGUCAUUCCGCCUCCGCUGACGCUGACCGGACUGUCCAACCUGUCCAACCUGCAGCUUGUUCCAUCCUCGCCCAGCCAAAACAACAACGCGUUGGAGCGCAUCACCCCGCUGCACAGAGAUGGUUCCCGGUCCGGCCUAAUCCCGCUGAACUCGGCAGGACUGCCUCCCUGUCCAGGAAGCCCCCUGCACAGUCUGGAGACCUCCCUCUGAAGCAGCCGCUUCCUGUUGUCAUUUUGAACAUUUUCAAAACUGACUCCUCUGAUUGGUUCAGGACUUCCCAGGGACAGUAAUGGGUCCACAAGUGUUUGUGGUUCUGUUCAGUCUGAACCCAUGUUCACACAGACUGCAUUUUUUUUAUUACUAGAUCUGAACUUUGCAUAUGUAAUUUAGACGAGUGUUUGUGAGGUUAUUUGUGUAAAUUCAAAUUCAGUUUUAUAUGUAAAUAUUCUCAAUGUAGCAGAGUUUAUUUUAAAAACAUUGUUUCUGUCAAGCUAAGUUCUGGUAGAGACAUGUUCAGAUUGUUUCUGUGUUAACUUGUAACCACAAGAGUAAGUGACUAAAAAUCUGGUGUGUUUUAUUUGUUUCAUCCGGUAGUCAGACAGCUUUGGAGAAAAUGUCUGUUUCUUUUUAAUGUUGUGUUUUUUAUGUCUUAGUUGGAGGAACAUUGUCAUUAAAAUAUCAAAAACUGACUGCUGGGUGAGUGGGUGUGCGAAAAAUGGCUGGACUACCAAGCUUAUUAGCCUGGGUUACUUCAAGUCUCGAGUCAUAAAAUGAAGCGAUCAGUUACUGGGAUGUUUCAGAAACACAGGGUGUGACAAGAAGAACUAAACCUUCAGUCACUCAGAUCACCUCUGAGAAUCAGCCAGAGUAAAUGUCUUUAUUUUGACAGACACUAACAAAAAGAGAAAAGUGUCACAGAAUCAAAUGUAAAAUAAGCAGUGGUUUGAGCCAAAACAAAAGAAAAGUUGUUUUUUUUUUAACUUAAUUUGACAAACCCCUUUUUUCCAAUUUGAGCCACCUUUCUGAUUGGUUUAAUCCACAUGUUCCAGUCGUGUAUAAAAUCAAGUACCUAUAGGCAUUCAGAUUGUUUCUAUUUUUGAAAGACGGGCUCCCUUUUAGGAGCUCAAUGAAUUCCACAAUACUUCAUCCCUUUCUUUAACUGGCUAUAAAUGAUGUGACAGUCCUGUCACAUCAUUUAUAGUCAGUUAAAUAUCCCACAGUCACCUGAACAGUUAGUGGUAUCAUAACCACUAACUGAACAACAGCAACUCAGCCAUGAAAACUAAUGGGAUGGAAAAUCACAGUGCGUGUUCAAUAGAUGCCCAGUCACAUGGUCUGCAGACACUCUGCAGAGUCAGUUGCUACAAGUCAACUUCAGAUGAGUUCAAAAUUAGCUAAUAGAGAGCUUCAUGGAAGAAAUUCCCAUGGUCAUUUCAAAUGCAGGCAUUUGAUUUUCAAAUGCAACAGGCAGCUGCAUCCAAGCGUGACAUCACCAAAAGCAGAGCAGUGAUGCAAGCAUGCUUCAUUUGCAAAUGAUUUUGUAAAAUAUUGUAUUUGUAUCGGUAUAUUUGUAUACCGACACAGUAUUGGUAUUUUGAUGUACAUUGGCAUCAAAUGUACAUUGGCAUCAAAAUUCAAUAUUUUGGUUUGCUAAUUAUUUCCUUCAGAAUAUUGAAAUGGGGGCUGGAGAUGAUCUUCACUAUUUCAUUCAAAUGUCAGUUAUUAAUAAUAAGAAAGUAAUGAACAAUAUUAUUUUCUGAAACAUAAUUGAGAUAGCAAAUAAGUUGGAAGCUUUAGUUUGAGUCUCUUUUUCAAUCAGUUGUAAUUCCAUUGUAUCCAGUUAGUCUUUAUAAUAAAAGUAAUAAUAUUGAUAAUAGAAUAAUAAUAGUCACCUAUUCAUAACUAAACUAUAAAAAGUUGCUGAUCUAUAUUUUUUUAUAAUAACAUGUGCAAGAUAUUUAUUUUUAUUUAAAAGCAAAAGAAAUAAAAGUUUACUUAGACAGAAAAGGUGAAAGCAUUAGUAAUACUUCAUUAAGGUUUAAAUAUUUUUUACUAUAAAGGGUUUAACAUGAUACAACUGGUAACUGAUACUGUAUAUAUCUUGGAAGCUGAGACAUGAUGUUCUGUAUUGAAACGUCACCUCGUUCUGUGACUCUGUGUGCUUUGACCUCUGAGGUUCCUGUCAGCUGAGAAUAAAUUUGCUACAUUUUAAA